AUGAAUAACAAACAGUUGGUUUUUACUAAAAAAUUAAAACAAACAGUUGGUAGGUUAAGUUACCCUUUUAUGUCCAUCACCAGCAUCAGCAAAAGCAUAAAUAGAACCAUGCUGCUGAAACCCCAAGUAGCUUUCCGACAACUGCACGUAUUCAGAAACCGGUUGAUCCCACUGAGCAGCACGCUGCUUCAACUCUUCCUCCGAUGCGUAGCAGUACCAAGCAGUGAAGCCAUCGGUGAUGGAGAGGUUGAAGUGGGUAUCAAACCAAGUUCCCUUCACAAAGAUUGCUUCUUCUCCGUUUAUCUGUAGCUUCAAGCAUGUGUGUCUCUUUUUCUCCUCCAUUGAUCACAAUCUUGAGAACAAGGAAGAGGAACAAACAUCUAUGUCAAUUGGAAGAACAAAGUGUUUAAUUAACUCAUCUAGGAUUAGAACACUGGCUGACGAAUGUUUGUUAAUGCAAGAGUAUAAUACUUUCUAAAAUGAUAUUAGUAACACAAAGCGCCCAUGGCCUAAUGGAUAAGGCGCUUGACUUCUAAUCAAGCGAUUGUGGGUUCGAGUCCCACUGGGCGUGAUUUUCAAUUUUUUUUUCUUUGUAAACUUACUUUUUUUUUUUC